AUGAACAAUUUGAAUGAAAUGUUCCAAAACUUCUCUAUGAGGGAAAAACAACAACAAUAUCAACAGCAACAACAUCAGCAGCAGCAACAACUAAUAAACCAUCAAAAGUUUAUCAUAACAAAUUCUCAUAAAAAUAUUGCCGAUGUUGAAAAUAACUCAGAUGAUGUCGGCAUUGCUGUUGUCAGUGUUGCAAAUGAUGAUCUUCCUAAUGGCAACACUGUGCUUAGCAUCAGUAGUGAUCUGUCGAGUGAAGAGAAUGAAAAUUUACAAAAGCAGCAACAGUUUCUUCAACAAAAGCAGCAACAAUCACAACUUCAACCACAACUACAACUUCAGCCACAACCACAACUACAACUUCAGCCGCAACUACAACUUCAACCACAACUUCAACCACAACUUCAACCAAAACUACAACUUCAACAAGAGGUGCAACAAUUUUUUCCAUCGCAUCAGCAAAUCUGCCACAACAGAAAGACAGCAUGCAACGAUCUACUGAAACAUCAGCAGCAUCAACAACAACUACAACUUUCAAGCAUUAAGUACCAGGAAAUGUUGCAAGAACAAAUUGAACAUUUUCAGGAGCAACAACUCUUGUUAAGGUUGAAGCAGAUGGAGAUUCAACAGAAACAACAGCUGUUGAGAAACCAGUUUCAACAGCAACAACAACAACAAAAAACAUCAUCUCAACAACAACAAAAUAAACAAAUUUUUAACAAUCUGAAAUUUUUGCAGCAACAACAACAACAACAACAAAUUCCAAAAUGGCUGUCCAUAUAUUACCAUGCGCCAUCUACUUAUGAUCACAAACUGAAGUGGGACCUCUUUCACCUCUCAGACCUCGAGAAAUACGACGGAAUGUUGCUGAGACUGUUCAGAGAGGAUCUCGAGAGAUUAGUGAUGCGCUACGAAGAUUAUAGGGAAGUGCUGCAGAACCAUCUGGUCAAUAGGUGA